UCUUGCUAGAUGCAAAUGCCUAUGGAUACUUUAAAGCUUUCUUCAUUCUUUUUGUCAUUCUCAGUUUCACUAACGCUUCCUCUUAUAAUAGUACUACUAACUUGUCUUUGCUUUUUCAAAGGCAAAGCAAAGGCAAAGCUGCUGCCGGGGCCACGAGGACUGCCCGUUUUGGGUAGCCUGCUGGACCUCGCUUCGAAUCCCCACUUCUCUCUUUACGCUCUUUCCAAGUGCUAUGGUGGCCUCAUGUAUCUCAAAUUGGGCACCAUCCCCACCAUUAUUGCUUCCUCCCAGGAGGCCGCAACUGCCAUUCUCAAAACAUUUGAUUCCGAUUUCUCUAACAGACCGCAGACCGGAUCAGCGGCGGUGGAUAUUCUCAUCUACAAUAGAAGCGACAUCGCCUGGUCUCCGCAGUGGCCUUUCCUGAGAAAGCUCUGCAUUUUCCACCUCUUGACCCCGAAAUGUAUGGACAAGUGGCAGGAGUUCCGAGAAGAAGAGAUGGCGCUCUUGCUCACCUCCAUCUUUAAACAGCGAGCCAGUGCUGUAAAUGUGGGUGAUUUUGUUAACGUCUUUACUUGUAAUGUUAUUGGACAGAUGACGCUCAGGAUGAGACUCUUCCACGAGAACAACGCAGACGCCGAACAUUUCAGAGAAUUAAUGAACGAUUUUCUAAGAGCUGCUGCUCGUAUUAGGAUUGGAGAUUUCAUUCCUUUCUUAGAGCGGAUUGGUUUGGGCGGUUCUCUUGAUGAAAUGAAGAGCCUGAACAAGCGCCUUGAUCAAUUUCUUAUGAGGAAGAUUGAAGAAAAGAAGCGUAUGCCUUUGUCCAGCGAGGACGAUGGCAACAAGGACUUUCUACAGAUUCUCUAUCAGCUCAAAUCUAAUUCUGCCAGUGAGGGAGAACAGCUUUCCGAGUCUAAUAUCAAAGCCAUUUUACUGGACAUGAUGGCGGCAGGAACCGAUACGGCUACCCGCACGGUAGAAUGGGCGAUGUCCGAGCUGAUCCGCCAUCCUCAUCUCAUGAACAAAGUGAGAAGCGAAGUAGACGCAGUUGUGGGAAUGGAAGAGAGAGUAAGAGAAUCUCAUCUUCCUCAGAUGAAAUAUUUAGAAGCAGUUGUGACAGAAACUCUUCGACUGCAUCCUCCAACGCCGCUUAUGCUUCCUCACGCAUCUCCAGACAGUUCAAGGGAAGUAAUGGGGCAUUUCAUUCCCACGAAUACUCAUGUGAUGGUGAAUGUGUGGGCCGUAGCAAGAGAUCCAAAUGUGUGGGAGAAGCCAUUAGAAUUUGAUCCGGAUCGCUUUGUGGACAAUCCUGUUCAUCUCGAUGGACGAGAUUUUCGAAUAAUACCGUUCGGCGCAGGACGAAGAAGGUGCCCGGGCUAUAAACUGGGACUUCGUAUGAUUCAUUUUGCCCUUGCAAGCUUUGUUCAUGCAUUUGAUUGGUCGCUUCCACCUGGUGAAGAACCCCAAGAUUUGGACAUGAAUGAGAAAUAUGAACUCUCAAUUCACAGGAAUGUUCCUCUCAAUCUUUUCGCCAUUCCCCGCUUGCCCACUCACCUUUAUAACUCGUCGCACUAAAUAUUUGGUGUGGAAGUAUUAUUUCCUGUUUAAUGCCUUCCUCCGUACAGCCUGUAUCCUCUUCUUUGAACGUUUGCUAGUUCGUAAGCUCAUAGAGAUGUGAAGUGCGGUUUUUUAUCAUAAAUAAAAUCAUCUUAGAAGGUUUGUUAGUUCAUAAGCUCAUAGCUUUAAUAAAUAAAAUCAUCCGAUC